UUGUCGCAACCGGUUCUGGAAUAUGACGAAACCACAACAUCUGUUCCCCCGUCGAUCACAUAACUGGUUGGCUACGGCGGCUACAGUUUCAAAUCGUAUAAAAGUCAAUGCCAAGACCCAGUUCAGGACACAGAAGUCCAAGAAGUUGAAGUCACAAGAUGGGCAAGCUCCUUUUCAUUUUGGCCACAGUGCUGCUGUGUUAUGAUUGCAACGCAGCGCAGGUGAUGCCAACUACAGAAAUUGGCCGGGUAACGGUUCAAGUGCCAUUGCUGGUCAAUGGAAAGCCCGUUGUGUCCAAGGAUAUGGAUCAGCAUGAGGUGGCUAGUGUGGUGGAGGUAAAGCCAGGAAAGGUGAUGACCGAGCAGGUGGUGGUGCCACCCACUGCUAAGGUGCCACUGGCUAAGGUACGAAAUAUGAGAGCUAUCGUACCAACGGCUAAUCAUGGUAUGCCCAAUCCUGGAAUCCCUACUCCUGGCAUGCCCAAUCCUGGAGUCCCUACUCCUGGCAUGCCCAAUCCUGGAAUCGAAACUCGUGGCAUGCCCAAUCCUGGAAUCCUUAUUCCUGGCAUGCCCAAUCCUGGAGUCCCCCUUACUGGCAUGCCAAACCUUGGAAUCGAAACUCGUGGCAUGCCCAAUCCUGGAAUCCCUCUUCCUGGAAUGCCCAAUCCUGGUAUGCCCAUACCAGGUAUGCCCAAUCCUGGCAUGCCCAGCCCUGACCACUCAAGUGCCAGCUCAGAAGUUCAUCCUGUUGUCGCACCAGCAGAGACCACAACUAGCUCAACCAAUCGCAUGGCCUCCAAGAACUGUCAUCAGUUGCUACUGGCCAGCGUUACGACACCGCUGCCAACUCCGCCUACACCCGUUGAGAAGUGCGAUGAGUUAUGCACCAAGUUGGAGCUGAAUCCCAUCUGCGCCUACAAUGGCAACUGUAUCCAUGAGUUUCCCAAUCAGUGCGUCAUGAAUGCCUUCAACUGCAAGCAUCGCGAUGUGGCCUUCAGUGCAGUGGACGAGGAUAUCUGUCAAAUGGGAGUAUGCGCUCAUCGCUGCCGAGCCGAUGACCUCAAUAUGUGAAUUACUUAAGAAACACCUGAACUAAAUAUAUGUUUACUUGUAAAAUUGUAUUACUAUCAUAAAUACGUACAUAUGCUAUGAAAAAAAGCAAAAGUUAUACAAACCAACACAGCUCACUACAAAUAAUCGGAUAACAAAGCAUAAAAAGCAGAGUUGAGAAUCUUUAGGUAGUCGUCUUUUGGCAACGAGAGAACAAUGUGGAACAUGCACCACAACUUUAUUUAGUCGAGCAGACAAUAGUUGCACAUGCUAAAUUUAUGUAUUUGAAUCAAACUUUGUGCAACAAGAGAAAAUUUUAAUACUUUUUUUGUGAAUAAAAUUGAGCAAUAAACCAUUGUAAACAAUGCACAGAAUAAAGUUUAUUGUUGAAAAUCCACAAAA